AUGUGCUCCUUUUCAGAAUGUGCUUUGCGCAUGUCUCGUCUCAGUGCUCGUCUAAUUGGUCAAGUCCCCAGGCCUACUGAUUCCAAAGCUAUGAAAGUAGCGAAACUAUUUAGAGAACCGCCCUUGGCCAAGAAGAAAGAGACUUAUGACUGGUAUCCAGAUCACAAUACUUACACCGCACUCACAGGUACACUCCGAUUUCUUGGUCUCUACAGAGAUGAGCAUCAAGAUUUUAAAGAUGAGCAAAAACUACUGAAGAAGCUUCGUGAAAAGGGGAAACCAAAGGAAGGAGAAGGGAAAAGAGCAGCAAAAAAAGGAAUAUUGUUGGUCCCUCAAGAGGGAGAAUUUCUUCCUCAGUGGCAGAGAGAAGAAAGUGCAUUUAUUGCCUUUCCGUAUGUUGGAGGAAUGUCAUCUAAUGAAAUGAAGGUUAUUUGGUGGAAUACAAUCAUCUCCUGGUUGAAAUCUAUUCCAGUUAAAUUGCGACUGGUUUGUUGA